AUCUUAUUCAAAUUUUUCCUUAGAAAAAAGUGUCAUAUGUUAAUUCCUUUUUGUAAUUUAUCUCAAACCUGUUCAGUUUUUCCGUUGCAUAAGGCUACUUUCUUUAAAACGACACCGUUCGUCAGCCAACAAUACAAAGCGGCGUCGUUUUAUCCCUCCAACUUUCAAGUUCCAAAAAAAGGCCAAGGAUCAGGAAAUCCGCUCAUGAGCCAACUCCUCACUUGGUUUGGUCACACAGAAGAAUCUUCAAACAGGAAAAGAAAAAAUUCAAAGCAAAAUCGCACAUUCAACUGACGGUCACUGAAUCAAUUGUACAAUUGCCUCGCUUCAGUAUCGUGUUCCUUGGUUUUCGCAGCAACCAAACAGAGGUGACUGAGAUGGAAGGAACAUCCGGUCCUUGUGUGCAAUUGGCCACAACUACUAACUCUGAUUUAGAAACCAAGCCAAAACCUCAAGUCAUAUACCGCUGUAAGAGAUGUCGACGAAUUGUUGCUGCACAAGAGAACAUAGUCCCACAUGAGCGUGGCCAGGGAGAAAAAUGCUUCAAAUGGAGAAAGAGAAGUGGUGACCUGACAGAAAAGGAACCAUCUGAGUGCUCCUCCAUAUUUGUAGAGCCCAUGAAAUGGAUGCAAGCAGUACAUGAAGGUCAUGUAGAAGAGAAGCUGCAAUGCAUGGGCUGCAAAGCUCGAUUGGGUUCCUUCAACUGGGCAGGCAUGCAGUGCAGCUGUGGAGCUUGGGUUAAUCCAGCAUUUCAGCUGCACAAGAACCGAUUGGACGAGUGCCAGACAUGAGCCAAGCCAUUUCUGCACUGGUGUGGAUUGAGAGACUCCAGUCAGCGGUAAAACCACAAGUUUUCUUGGUUUCUAGUUAGUAAAUAAAUUCAGAUUAUUAUACCAAAAGUUAAGCAGCUUGUAUGGAAGACUGAUGGAAAUUCUAAUACAAGGAUUGAUGGCAAAAUGUUAUUUCUUGGAAAUAUGCUACAGAAUGUACUUAUAUAAUUUUACUUGCUAUUCCAUCAGAAAAUAUGAGUCUAGAAAGCAGUUCUAAAA